CUGUUCGAUUUCAUCUCAAUUAUUUGUACCCCCAAACAAACUAGCUGCCAAACGAACCACCACUGUUUGCUGAAAACUUGUGCAGACAAGACAAGGUCGACAUGGCCAGCAGCAGAAGCUCUCUGGUGGUCGCAAUGGCGGUGGUGAUCCUGCACCGGUGGUGCUGCGCCGCUGCUCCGGCGGCCGCGGCGGCGAACCGGACACGGACGCCGGCGCUGUUCGUGUUCGGGGACUCCAUCGUGGACGCCGGCAACAACAACGCCAUCACGACGCUGAUCCGGUGCAACUUUGCGCCCUACGGCAAGGACUUCCCCGGCCACAACGCCACCGGCCGGUUCAGCAACGGCAAGGUCCCCGGCGACAUCCUCGCGACGCAGAUGGGCAUCAAACAGUACUUGCCGGCGUACCUCGGCGCGGAGCUCAGCGACUUCGACCUCCUCACCGGCGUCACCUUCGCCUCCGGCGGCUGCGGCUUCGACCCGCUCACCGCCGAGCUCGUGUCGGUUCUGACCAUGGACAACCAGCUGGACCUGUUCAAGGAGUACAAGGAGAAGCUCCGGCGCGUCGCCGGCGACGCGCGCGCCGGCGAGAUCGUGUCGGAGAGCCUGUACAUGGUGGUCACCGGCACCGACGACCUCGCCAACACCUACUUCACCACGCCGUUCCGGCGAGACUACGACCUCGACUCCUACAUCGAUUUCGUCGUCCGGUGCGCCUCGGGCUUCGUCCGGAAGCUGCUCGGCAUGGGCGCGCGGCGCGUGAACGUCGCCGGCGCGCCGCCGAUCGGGUGCGUGCCGUCGCAGCGGACCAACGCCGGCGGGCUCGACCGGGACUGCGUUGCGCUGUACAACCAGGCCGCCGUCGUGUACAACGCCCGGCUCGAGAAGGAGAUCGAGCGGCUAAACGUCACGGCGGCGCCGCCGGGCACCGUGCUCAAGUACAUCGACCUCUACACGCCGCUGCUCGACAUGAUCCAGCGCCCCGCCGCCUACGGAUUCGAGGUGACGAACCGAGGUUGCUGCGGGACGGGGGUGUUCGAGGUGACGCUGACGUGCAACAGGUACACGGCGGAUGUGUGCAGAGACGUCGACAAAUUCCUCUUCUGGGACACCUACCAUCUCACGGAGAGAGGCUACAACAUCCUGCUCUCCCAGAUAAUAACCAAAUACGGCUUCUGAACUUCUUAAUUCUGAUAUAGCAGAAUCUUCAGAGAAGAAAACGAGGAAACUUUGAUUUCGUAGUAUCAUCUUUCAUCAGUGCUUCAGCAGCAGCUACAGCAUUCCAAACUUCAGUGCUGAAAUAUGUGGUACUAAUACUGAAGAUCUGAUGGGCAUGAUCCUGGAAAGGUUCAUUCCAUAAGCUGCAGUGUGGCAGCUUAGGUUUCAGUUUGCCAGUUAAGUAUCUUGCUGUGAUGCUGAACCCUACACUGAGAAAUGGUGACCAGAAUUUUCAUGUCAAAAAUAUGUGGAAAAUACAGUUUCAUCUUUCAUGUAAAGGACAAACAUUCAGCCUAACAAGCAGCAUCAAGAGUGGGCAUCACAGAACCUCGUAAUCUGUUCGGCAAAACAAUAUGAAGCUCCUCAGGUUCACUAUAUCACAGAACAAACUUUGGCCUCCUGAAGUGCUGAUUGGUAGAACAUAGGCAAAAAAUAAACAUCAUUUCUGCAAGCAAAUUAUUAGCUAUAAAUAGUUUACCAGUACAUUUACUAUAUACAGACCAGGGAAUAAACCAAACUAGAUUCUUCUUACUA